AUGACUUCGCUACAUUGUCAGUGUAUGGAAUCACGACGAGUACAACCUGUACCACGUCGACAUCUACUACAGCAACAACAUCAACAACGACGACAACGACAACGGCAACAACAACGACCACAACAACAACUACAACAACGACCACAACAACAACUACAACAACGACCACAACAACGACGACGACCACGACGACGACAACGACAUCAACA